AAUUAUUCCGCACAGAUAACUCCAACUUUAUAUACACCGCCUAUUACCCUCAGUAUCGCCGAGAAACACGUUUGAAGUUACUUUAUAUCGCUGUAUUUAACACUAAAGCAAAGUUGAACUGAUUUUCAAGCCAUAAACUCCAACAGGGUUUGCUUUACUGACAGUGAGCGCGUCACGUUGCCUAGCAACCCCGUUUCCCUCCAAACGUUAUUGAGAAAAAUCUUACAAACAAAACAUUGCUUGAAUUGUAAUCUAUAUAUAAAUAGAAAAAUAGCAUAUAAUAAUAAUUUGGAAUUUAAAUAAAUGAAUACAAAAAAUGAAAAAAAAGACAAUAAAACAGAAUACAUAUAUUUGUAUACAGUGAACAUAAGAAUUACCAGUAUCAACAAAAAUGUGCUAAUUUGACUAUUACAUAUAGUUAACAACAUUACAUUUUUAAACAUUAAACUUGUGUAAAUUACAAUAUAUACAGAGUUUGAUUCGUAUAAUUAGAAGAUAAUAAAGCUGAAGCUCAUUGUUGCUCAACAAGUACAAUGUAAGUAUAGUCAGUUUCACCCUUUGUUCUAUUACUCACAUGCUCUCUGUCUUUCACUUACACAUCACACUUCCUGUGAAACUGUCAGGCUACUUCUUCUGUCUUGUUAGCUCCCACAAGUCACUCUGCUGCACACCUCCAUGUGUGAAGUUCUCUCUUUCUCUUUCAUUCCCCUUUACCUCUGCGGGUCUGCUUCUAUGGCCCCUGUAAUAAGUCUAAGGUGCUGUUUUUGGAAAUGAAUCUGUUUGGCGUGUUUGUGGAUGUCUGACAGUUUCUCCUCACCAUGGCAGCAGCUGUGCCGCAAACAGAAGGUGGUGUAUACCUACAGAGUGCUUAAGACACACAGUGGACACUAUACUCUCAUGACUGCAGGAGGUAUUGAAGAAACACAUUUUAAGAAUUUGGAAGAUCUGAUCCGGCACUAUAAGAAGAAGAACCAGGGCCUCGCCAUGCACCUGCGGCACUCUGUCAAAAGAAAGACAGCCAUGUUGAUCAAGCAACCAGCAGAACCACAGAGCAUGGCAGAACCUCAGAGGAUGGCAGAACCUCAGAGGAUGGCAGAACCUCAGAGGAUGGCUGAACCUCAGAGGAUGGCUGAACCUCAGAGGAUGGCUGAACCUCAGAGGAUGGCUGAACCUCAGAGGAUGGCUGAACCUCAGAGGAUGGCUGAACCUGAGGAACCUGACUAUGAGGAAUCUGACUAUGCGAAUGUUUCUGACACUGACUACGUUGAGGUCCUGCCUGAAUGAACAACUCUGACAGUUAUCUUAAACAACACGAGCAGAGUGGAAAAUACAUUUGGUAUCAAAAGCUUACAGACUGGAUCAAAUUCAGAAAUAUAAAUAAGGUUGGACAAAUGCUGAAGAAAAAGGCUCGCCUCCAGUGGAUGGACUUUUAUGCAAUUUGUCUCAUUCAUGACACCCAGAGGAUGAAUUGUUUUUGGGAAUUGCAAAAAUGUGACUUGGAGUUGAGUGCUAUUAUAACAUGCUAAGCUAAGAUGUUAUAUAUUAGCAUGUUGGCAAUAUUCAUAGUUGGCAUCAGUGUUGGAAGAAGUACUCAGAUAGUUUACAAAUACUGCCCUCAAAAUCAAGCUUACAUUAAAGUACAAAAGUAAAAGCACACCUCAUCACCCAUUUCAGAAGAAAUUUAUAUUAUUAGCUAAAUUAUAAUUAUUGAUGGAUUACUGGCUUCAUCAUUUAGAUGAUGCAGCUGGUUAAGGACGAGCCAAUUUGAAUAACUUAACAUACUGUACAGUAUCUAAAGGUCACAUUUUGUUUACUUUGUAAUUAAAAAAAUACAAUAUUUGUAAGUAAAGUACUUCAAAAUAACACCUGUGCAGUAUAGUAAAUAUACUUUAAAUCACUUGUUAGCAUUUAAUUCCUUGUUAAUGCUGCUGUACAUGUGUAGAAUAUAGAACUGUUCAUCUGUAGAGACAUAACAGGAUUUUUACUCCUGCUGUGAGACACUGGCUGUCAACUCAAGUUACCAUUUGAAAGCAAUCUGAAAUGUAAUUGCAAGUGCAUUUAUCAACAUUUGCAUCUGAAUCAUCAUGACGCAUGUGGAAACAUAUCCUUUAUCUCAAAGUUACCAUACUGUCAACUAGUUUCCAGUUCCAAGAAUAUUGGCCGGACAUUGCAUUUACAUGAAUCCAGCAACACAGUGUUUGUUUUUGAGUUGCACUGCAGUAUUCCUUAUGUCAUGGCUUUUAUUUCUAUCAUAUUAUACAGUAAAGAACAUUUUGGCAUUUGUUUCCAUUCCUACAGACAUGUAGAAUGACAGGGUGGCUGGUAUUUGUUAUACAUUUACACUUUGUAAAUACUAAUCUAUUCCAUUUUCUUUUGUACCUGUAUAAUCUUUGGUGUUUUAUGUGCAAUUACAGUAAAAAUAUCCCUCUUGCAGACACAACAUA